UAUUUUAAAGCUUAAUAUUUUUUAUAUUUUUGAGACUAUUCUUGACAUUUUGAUAGUUUUAAUGUGUAUUUUGGAAUUUCUUUUUUGGUCACCUUUUAUUUUUUUAAUAUUUGGCAACUCUCAAAUUUCUCUCAAAUUUCUGGUUUUAAGCAGCCUUUUUUUAAAUUUUGAAGGGGAAAAAUUAUUUUUAAAAUAUUCAUAUGACUAAAAUAAUAAUAAUUUUAUUUUUGCAAACCACGUGUGUGUUUUUGUGUGAAAGGGGCAUUUUAAAUUGUGGGGGCAUCGUUUAUGCAGAUAUCCUCUCCCACACGAUAGCCAAACUUCAAUUUAAUAAAGUGGACAUUAGGAAUGGGAGACCGAUUCUGCCGACCCGAUUCCCGAAAAUCUGGAAUUAUAUUUUAUUGGCUGCAGGAUCUCUGGUAUCUAUUAAUCGUGAGGUAUGUACAUUUACGUGAGGCCCGAUUUGAAUUUUGUUUGAAUUGUAUGUAUUUUUCUGUUUGUUUUAAUUUUUGUUU